AUGCUCCCAACAAACCCCAUUCCACGAUCAGCGUAUGUGCUCGGUGUAGGUAUGACCAAGUUCAUCAAGCCUAGGGGCAAGGUAGAUUAUCCGGAGCUAGGAUACGAGGCCGGUGUCAAAGCGCUUCUCGACGCGCAGAUAACCUACGCCGAUGUCAAUGCAGGAGUCGCCUGUUAUGUGUAUGGAGACUCUACGUCUGGUCAGCGAGUCUUCUAUCAGCUCGGUAUGACUGGAAUACCCAUUUGGAACGUGAACAAUAAUUGUUCGACCGGGUCUUCCGGUAUUGUGUUAGCCAGAGGUAUGGUCGGUGCCGACUGGUUUGCGGGAGGCAAAAUGGACUGUGUCAUGGUCAUUGGGUUCGAGAAGAUGUUUCCCGGUUCCCUCAAGAACUUUUGGACCGAUCGAGCUGGCCCCACAGCUUUGCCUCGAAAGAUGAUGGAACAACGAAAAGGAAAGCGUAAUGCACCACCAGCAGCGCUCCAAUUCGGAGAUGCUGGAAGGGAGUAUGCUGAUAAGUACGGGGCUCUUCCUUCAGAUUUUGCCGAGAUUGCUCGCAUCAACCACGAGCAUUCGUCAAGAAACCCUUACUCUCAAUUCCAAGAUGUCUAUACUCUUGACCAGAUUCAGUCAUCUCCUCAAAUUCAUGAUCUUCUGACCAAGCUCCAAUGCUGCCCGACGUCCGAUGGAGCAGCGGCCGCCAUUAUUGUCUCGCAAGCAUUUCUUGAUGCACGUCCGCAUCUGAAGGAUCAGGCUAUCCUGAUCGCUGGGCAAUCUAUGGCUACCGACACAGCUAGCUUAUUUUCUGGCAGUGCCAUGGAUCAAGUAGGAUAUCAGAUGUCGAAGAUCGCAGCUGAGAAUGCUUUCAGAGAGGCAGGGGUAACACCAGCAGACUGCAAAGUCUGCGAGCUCCACGACUGCUUCUCGGCCAACGAAAUGAUUACGAUUGAUAGCCUGGGACUAUGUGAACCUGGACAAGCUCAUGAGAUGGUUCGGAAGGGUGAUAUCACUUAUGGAGGGAAAAUGGUCAUCAAUCCCUCUGGGGGGCUCAUCUCGAAAGGCCAUCCUCUCGGCGCAACGGGUUUGGCACAGUGUGCCGAAUUGACAUGGCAGCUUAGGGGCUGGGCAAACAACAGACUUGUGAAGUCGGAAUACGCGCUGCAGCACAAUCUAGGACUUGGAGGUGCUGCGGUCGUGACGAUUUACAAGCGAGCUGAUGGCAAAAAGAACGAGCCCUUGAGUGAUGCUGUGAUCGGUGAGAAGAAUGGCUUAGGCUAUAAUCCUGCAGUUGUAGCAAAAGUCUUUACCAAGGAAGAAGCCAACAGAGUUAGGGCUUUCGCUACGGACUACGCUCUUGGCGACACAGAACAAAAGUUAAGGGCGAGAAUAUGA